AUGUGCAAAGCUCUGAGCAAACGCAAUCAGUGGGAAAUGGAAGGUUUGAGAGGGGGAGAGGGGUCUUCCAGUAACCAGUGCAGGAAUUUCCUCUCUUCUCCCGCUGUGUUCGGCACUCCCUCCAGCAGAACGGUCUCGGGAUUAGCCUACCCUGGCCCAGAGAGGUCCACUUCCACACGGUCGGAGGCCACCAAAGAGGGUCCAACAUGCCCAGCGUCCUCGGGGCCCCCUGCAGCCCCUCUUGGAUAUGGUUAUCACUUUGGAAACGGAUAUUAUAGUUGCCGCAUGUCUCAUGGUGUGGGUCUGCAGCAGAGCCCACUGAAGUCCUCCAGCCAUUCCUCCAUAAGCGGCUUUCCGGUGGAAAAAUACAUGGACGUAUCUAGCCUGGCUAGCACCAGUGUCCCCAGCAGUGAUGUGUCUUCAAGAGCCAAGGAAGUCUCUUAUUUUCAGGGCUACCCUAACCCUUACCAACAUGUCCCUGGUUACCUAGAUAUGGUGUCAACAUUUAGCUCUGCGGAACCCAGACAUGAGGCCUAUAUAUCAAUGGAAGGCUACCAGUCAUGGACUCUGGCUAAUGGGUGGAACAGUCAAGUUUACUGUGCAAAAGACCAGCCUCAAGCCCCUCACUUCUGGAAGUCGUCAUUUGCAGGGGACGUACCACUGAACCAGCCAGAUAUGUGUGUGUACAGACGUGGGAGGAAGAAGAGAGUGCCCUACACCAAGCUGCAGCUCAAGGAGCUAGAGAACGAAUAUGGCCUUAACAAGUUCAUUAAUAAGGACAAGAGAAGGAGGAUAUCUGCAAACACCAACCUUUCAGAGAGACAGGUCACCAUAUGGUUUCAGAACAGGAGAGUAAAGGACAAGAAAAUUGUAUCUAAACUAAAGGACAACAUCUCUUGA